CGUUCUUAAUAUUUCCAUGUUCAACAUGACCCAUGAAGGGAAAGGGAACAUCUUGGAAGGAAAGAAGGUUUUCAUCUUUCAUUCUUAAUCUUUGGCUUCUUUCUUGACCAGGGAAAUGAGGAUUCUACGGAGCCACCUCUGGGAUGCAGGAAGGAGACCAAGAAGAGAGGAAGGAGACAUCCUCUCAAGGUGAUGAUCUCGCUGAAUUCUUCACCUCACUUACUGGAGAGAAAAAGGAAGAAAGAAGAGUCAACCAUCUGUGUUGCAAUUAAGUACACAUUCCAUUGUUGAUAUGGAGGAGAAAGCAUACAAAUGCUCAGAGUGUGGAAAGGGUUUCACUCGCAAGGCUCAUCUUCAGCGACAUGAAAGGACCCACACGGGGGAGAAGCCCUAUGAAUGCCUGGAUUGUGGGAAGAGCUUCACCGACACUGGAAGUUUACAUUUACAUCAGAGGACUCACACUGGGGAGAAACCCUACAAAUGCCUGGAGUGUGGAAAGAGCUUCACUAAGAGUGCAAAUCUACAUUCACAUCAAAGAACCCACACUGGGGAGAAACCCUAUGCAUGCCUGGAGUGUGGAAAAAGCUUCACUCAUAGUGCAACUCUACGUUCACAUCAAAGGGCUCACACUGGGGAGAAACCCUAUACCUGCCUGGAAUGUGGAAAGAGCUUCACUCAGAGUGGGAAUCUACAUUUACAUCAAAGGACUCACACUGCUGAGAAACCUUAUAAAUGCCUGGAAUGCGGAAAGAGCUUCAUUCAGAGUGCUGCUCUAAAUUCACAUCAACUAACUCACUCAGGGGAGAAACCCUAUACGUGCCUGAAGUGUGGAAAGAGCUUUACUGAUAGUUCAAGUCUACAUAAACAUCAGAGGACUCACUCUGGAGAGAAACCCUAUACAUGCUUGGAGUGUGGACAGAGUUUUACUGACAAUGGAAGUCUACGUUUGCAUAAACGGACUCACACUGGGGAGAAACCCUAUAAAUGCCUGGAAUGUGGACAGAGUUUCACUUAUAGUUCAAGUCUACGUUCACAUCAAAGGAUUCACACUGAGGAGAAACCCUAUCCAUGCUUGGAGUGUGGACAGAGCUUCACUUGGAGUUCAGGUCUACGUGUACACCAAAGGACUCACACUGGGGAGAAACCUUAUAAAUGUGUGGACUGUGGACAGAGCUUCACUGGGAGUGGAAGUCUGCGUUCACAUCAAAGGAUUCACACUGGGGAAAAACCUUACAAAUGCCUGGAGUGUGGACAGAACUUCACUUGGAGUUCAAGUCUACGUUCGCAUCAAAGGACGCACACUGGGGAAAAGCCCUAUGAAUGCCUGGAGUGUGGAAAGAGCUUCACUGAGAGUGGAAGUCUGCGUUCCCAUCAAAGGACUCACACUGGGGAGAAAACCUAUAGAUGCCUGGAGUGUGGACAGAGUUUCACUCAUAGAUCACGUCUAUGUUCACAUCAAGGGACUCACACUGGGGAGAAACCUUAGAAUUCCCUGGAGUGUGGACAGGGCUUCACUCAGAAUGGAAGUCUACCUAGACAUCAAAGGACACACACUGGGGAGAAACCCUAUAAACCAGUGAUUUUCAACUUGUGGGUU